GGAAAAGGGCGGGAGUUUGAGGCACACCUGACCACAGGCUCCUCCCACCUCGGUCUGGCGUGUCUGCUGUCUCGUCUGCGGUUUCGCGGCUUCCUUCAGUGUUUGACCAACCUCGAACCGAAACUCGAGACCCUGAAACCGCACACGGCGAUGGCUGCCAGCUGAGAGCCUCCGGGGCGCGCGACCUUCAGGCUACAGCUGACAUGAUGGAGGUGGAGGGCAUCUACACAGAAGUGUUCGAGUGCUCUGAGAGGAAGGAGGGGUCUGGAGGAGCAGAUUCUCUGAUGGUCAGCUCUACUCUGAGCUUGGCUCCUCUGGUGGACAGCUCGCCGUCCGUCCGCCGCUCCCAGCCCAUUCUCAUCACCUCCAACAGGAUGAAGGGCAGCGACUCGUACUCCUCCUCUGUUCCCUCCAUCCCUAACCCUUUCCCGGAGCUAUGCAGCCUCGCCAAGUCCCCUCUGCUCAUCAGUUCCCUCCCACCAGAGUCCAGCCAAAAACACCUGAUUAAGGUUUAUGGGGAGGACAACCACUGCAAGUCUGUGUGGGUUUCUCGAAGAGCCACAGCACGAGAGGUGUGCCACCUGCUGGUGCACCAAGCUCACUGCAGCGAUCAGGAGAGCUGGGCUCUCUUUGAACAUCAUCCCACUCUGGCUUUAGAGAGGUGUCUUGAGGACCAUGAAGUGGUUCUGGAGGUACAGGCCACCUGGUCUUUGAAGGGAGACACGAGACUCACCUUCUGCAAAAACUACGCCAAAUACGAGUUCUUCAGGAACCCCACGCUUUUCUUUCCAGAGAGCAUGAUCUCCGACAGCGCCGACGUCAGCAAGGGGAUGACCUCAUCAGAGCUCAUUCAGAACCUGCUGAGAUCCGGUACCUGUCCUGAGAUCCAGGGUUUCCUGCACAUAAAAGAACCAAGUCGAAAGGCCUGGAAGAAGAUUUACUUCUUUCUCCGACGUUCUGGGCUCUACAGUUCCACCAAAGGUUCUUCCAAGGAGCCUCGCCACCUGCAGUGUGUGGCAGAUCUGGACAACCUCAACGUCUACACUGUGGUGAACAGCCGUAAACUCUACGGAGCUCCAACAGACUUCUCCUUCUGCAUCAAGCCGUCCAGAAACCCCAGCCGUGUCCAGGACCUGAAGAUCUUGUGUGCUGAGAACGAGCAAACGCGAACGUGUUGGACGUCUGCUUUCCGGCUCUUCAAGCAUGGGAAGCAGCUUCAGUCCAACUACCAGCUGUCCAAGUCAACGCCCCGAAGCCUGGAGGGUUCCCCCCUCACAGACCUGAAGGCCGAGUCCAGCCUGGUGGCCAUGGACUUCUCAGGGAAAGCUGGAGGGCGGGUCAUCCAGAACCCGACGGAGGCCCAGACUGUGGAGCUGGAGGAGGGUCAGGCCUGGAGGAAGAGAGAGGCCCUGAGGGGCAGUCUGCCCGCCGUGAACUCUGCUGCCAGACUGUCCUCCAUCCACAAGACCCAGCCGUGGUUUCAUGGGGGCGUGUCCAGAAAGGAAGCGGAGAGGCUGAUAGAGAAGCAAGGCCUGGUGGAUGGGAUGUUCCUGAUCCGUGGCAGUCAACAGCAUGAGCAGUGCUUCGUCCUGUCGCUGUGCUAUCAGCUGAAAACCAAACAUUACCUGGUCAUCCCUUUUGAUAACGGGGGGAGGAAGUACUACACCAUAGACGACGGCGCGACUCUGUUCAUAGACCUUCUGCAGCUGGUGGAGUUUCACCAAAUCAACAAAGGGAUCCUCCCUGUGUGCCUGAAACACCCCUGCGUAUGCAUCACGCUGUAGCCCCGCCUCCUCUGCAGCUGCUGGAUGAAGAGCAGCAACUGCAAAUAUGAAGGAUAUGGUCAACCCCGUCAUUGGUAGUUUAAAAGAUUUUCCACAGCCUCUGCACCUUCACACAGUGGCUGGUUGAGUCCUGGAGGCUGAGCUGGUUAUGAUGGAGCACUUUAAAGAUGUACUGAAGAGACUUUUCUGUGAACCUGUGGAGCCGCCACACUAACGGUGGUUGUAGAAACAUUGGAGGGGAGUGUCCUGCCUCGGCCACCAGAGGGAGCUCUGACCCCUGGACCACACAGACGCAGCAUCACGUUCCUGGUUUGCUGUCCUGUACAGAGGAAUCAUUUGUUGGCUGUUUUUGCUCCUCAUGUCAUAGAUGGAACAUGACUUCAUGCAGUGGAUUGAUUUGCACAAACUGAAGGGAUUUGUUUUAAGGCUGGAUCCUUUUGGCUCAUAGACACAUUUUGACAAAUUCCACUUCUUACUUGCUGUUUUAUAGGAAAACUGGAAAUUUUAAAUGUUCUGGCUUCUAGUUGUUUAGGGAAAGGAGAAAAUGUCAAAAUGAUUGCCUUGAAAUCCUAUGACUUCCUACAUUGUAAACUUGAAGAAAAAUGAAAUUCCUGGUUAUGCAAGCAUACAAGAGGACUACUAAAAAGUAUAAUUAAGAGUCAAUGUAUGAAGUAUUGUUUGUUUAAUGAUGAAUAUUCUGUUUGAAAAUAAUCCAGUAAGUCAAACAGGAAACUUAUAUCCAGUCCUUUUAAAAGUUGUUACACAACCAGGCGCCUGUAAAAUAAAGUUCUUGUGUUCAUUUCUCAAAGA